AUGCAAAUGCCAGCAGUAGAGCGAUGGCUGUGGCUACUUUGGCUAGCUUUGAUGUGGCCAAGAGCUCUGGCUGGCAGCAGUGAGGAGCAUUUGCGGGGGCUGCUGGCCACAGAAGCAUCGCUCAUCGACGCGCUGCGAGACUAUAUCGAUGGCUUAGCUCAGCAGCUGGAGGUAAUUAAAGGCGAGACUGCGGCCAUAGAGAAGGUACAUCAGCUGGUGGGUAGUCGGGUGGAGGAGCAUAUGGGCAAUCCACUGAAUGUGCUCACCAUACUGAAGCGUUUCCAAAGCGUUUGGCCGCUGCUUGAGCAGAAAGCAAAUGCCACACACAAUCUAGGUACAAAUCUUCCAGAUUAUAAGAUGGAUUUGCAGCUGCCCAGCGAGGAGGACUACGAGGAGGCGUUGCUCAAUCUACUGCGCCUGCAAUCAGUGUAUGACCUCAAGCCAGCCACCCUCUCCCUGGGCAUAGUCCAUGGCCUUAAGGUGGGCUCGGCCAUGUCAUGGAGUGACUGUCUCGAAAUAGCACGCAAGUCCGAAAGAAAUGGUGACCAUGCCGUUGCCAAGCACUGGCUGGAGACGGCGAUGGGAAAAGUGCCAGCUGAGUACAAUGCUACAACGUCGCUCAGUGAACAGGAACGGGCCAAGGUUCAGAUACUGGAGACAUCGCUCAAUAUGGAUUACCGUGCAGGUGAAUUCUUAAGCGCACUCAGAACAGCCAAAGAACUGUUGCUCCUGCGUCCUGCUAGCCAAAAUGUGAAAAAAGCAAAGGCCAAGAUAGAACGAGCCUUGAACAGAAGUCCAGACAAAUUUGUGUCGAGCACUAAGCCCAAGGCACAGUUAACAAAGUCCGUCGAGCAGCUGAUUGUUGAUGAGCUGUGCCGUGCGUCCGCACAGCAGCCCACAACAGGAAGCCGGUUUACAAAGUGCCGCCAAGAUGUAUCAGAUCUACGCAUGCUACGCUUGGAGCAACUGAGUGAGCAGCCAUAUAUCAUGCUGUAUCAUGAUGUACUCAGCUCCCAGCAGACUGAGCAGCUAAUUGGUAUGCUGGAUGAGGUGCCGCAACUGCGGCAGUCCAACAGCAUGGCUUUCGAGCCUUUGAAACUCAGUAAGCUGGCGCAGCGAAGGAUGCGUGGCAUCCACUCUCAACUGGGUAUUGCCGGUGCUCAGCCGGAGCUGUGGCAGGCACGUCGUCAUAGUCACGAGCAUGCCACAUCACCAGUGGAGCCAGCGAGCACAUCGGAGCAUGUGGCACGUGCUCUGCUCAAUCUGCAAGAGGCCAGGCUGGGCGGCGCCAUUGUUUUUCCACAGCUGGAGCUCAGUGUGUGCGUCCCACGAGGUUCGCUGCUCUACUGGAGUCUGCGCAGCCAAGAUGAGUAUCCAGCUACGUCGAGGCCGGAUUACCGAAGCCGCCAGCUGGUCUGUCCGGUGCUGCUGGGCGCACAGCUGUGUAAGUAGAACCGGAAAGACACCUUCUAUAUGUGCUCUACAGAUGUGUUUGCUUUCAUUAUUUUCAGCGGCCUGGACGCAGC